CACGUCAGUCGCUCCCUCAGUCCACCCCGAACAGGCCUUGCGCUCGGUGCUUGCUUCCGAGCCGCCCCCGCGUCGUCGCUAUAAAACAAUCUCACGUUCCUCCUCAUUGCCGCCUGUCGCCGUCACGUGUUGUCGUUCGCUGACAACGACGCCAGCUGGAACUCAUAGAUGCAGACCCCGAGCCACUGUCGACCUUGAGAGGAAGAGAGCCGCUCCGGUAUUUUGAUUCGGCGUAUACAGCGAUAUAUAAGUACAGAGAGAGAGAGAGAGAGAGAGAGAGAGAGAGAGAGAGAGAGAGAGAGAGAGAGAGAGAGAGAGAUCAAGGGAGAGAGGAUAGAGAGACAGUCGCGUGCACGAGUGGUGCGCGCGUGCGCCGCAUUCGAACUGCUAUUAUGACUGGAGAGCCGAUCGCCAGCGGCGCAGUUGUGAAGUGAUACAUAUAUAUUAAGUCGGCUACUGUGUGAGGUGUGCCCUUCGUAUACCGUAUUGUUACAAUAUAACGACACGCGCUGCUAUACACCGCUCCACCAUCCCCGCUGCUCUGUUCUGAGUCUUGGAAGGCAACGAAGAGAGAAGCUGCUCGAGGGGCGAGUAGAAGCUUCGUCUGCACUGCGGUCUGAUACCGCAGGAGGAUCUCGUUCAAUGGUCGGCGUUUACUACGGCAUGAUGUUUGGAUCUCAAAAAUCCAUGUCGCCUACGCGAAGGCUCAGCUUCCAGAGUCUCGCAUUUCUGUUGCUGUUGGCGAACUGCGUCGCCGGGGAUUCCCCUCAUUACAAGCAUACGAAGCGUCACCACUACAUCACCGUGCACCGACAACACGAUUCCGCCAGUACACCAUCGGAUGUCAUCAGCACAGCUCAGCCGGAGAACGGAGCUCAGGAGGUCGGGGCUGUGCCGACAUCCGCGAACGUCGAGGAUGACUACUUCGGACGCAAUCCGUGCGCUGGCAAGUACUGCGGAGCGGGCCGCGAGUGCCAAGUCUCGCCCGACGGUGGGCUCGGACUGUGCGUUUGCGCGAAGCGCUGCGCCCGCCGUCACAGGCCCGUCUGCGGCAGCGACGGUAAAGUCUACGCCAACCAUUGCGAGCUGCACCGAGCGGCCUGCAAUCUUGGAACACCGCUCACGGCGAGCCGGCUGAUGCGGUGCCUGCACAGAGACGAUCACCACGAGACACCGAAAGCUCUGCCGCUGGGUAACGCCACUCCGCCGACGUCGAAGCAGAGCAACCACCAGACCAGACACGACAGCAAGGAGAACUUUGUCGAGGAAAACUACGACCUAGACGACUGCUCAGCCCAGGAGUACGAAAUCAUGAAGGACAACUUGCUGCUCUACAAUCACGCGCGGCUGAUGUCCCAGGACAACCACAGCAAGGAGUACCUGGUGAGCAUAAUGUUCUCGCACUACGACCAGAACAACAACGGCAACCUCGAGCGCGAGGAGCUGGAACAGAUAGCCGAACGCGAGGACCUCGAACAGCUGAGCAAGGGCUGCUCGCUUGGACACAUGAUCAAUUACGACGACACCGAUAGAGACGGCAGACUCGACAUCAACGAGUUCUACAUGGCGUUCAGGCGGCUUUACAUUGGUGCAGGUGUGUCAGUGGUGUCGCUGGACAAGAACCUGGAGAUCAAUCACAUCCCGGCGCGCGUCGGCGACAACGUCGAGAUAAAGUGCGACGUAACCGGGACUCCGCCGCCACCAUUAGUCUGGCGACGCUACGACGCGGAUCUCGAGGCGCUCUCCGAGCCCGAGAUACGAAUUUUCAACGACGGCAGCCUUUAUUUAACGAGGGUGCAGCUCGUCCACGCUGGCAAUUACACGUGCCACGCUCUCAGCAACAAGGACGUCGUUCAGACCCACGUUCUCACGGUGCACACGACGCCGGAGGUGCGAGUGACGCCACGAUUACAGUCGAAGCGUCCGGGUGAGGAGGCGAUGAUGCGAUGCCACGUGGUCGGCGAACCUCUACCACGAGUCGAAUGGCUGAAGAACGACGAGCCACUGCACGAGCAGCAGCACGACGGCGACAAGUACGAGGUGGUCGGCAACGGUACGAGGCUGGCCAUCCGAAGCAUAAACUACGCCGAUACCGGGGCGUACAUGUGCCAGGCGACGAGCAUCGGUGGAGUCACCAGGGAUAUUAGCAGUCUCGUUGUUCAGGAACAGCCUACGCCGACGGCGCCGAGCGAGGAGAGGAGGUUCUUCUCGUUCCACGAGUGGGGAAUAUCGGUGUACGAGCCGUCAGCUUGCCGAUUGUAUCAUCAAAUUAAGUCGACGGAUAUUAUACCUGGGACGCAGGAAUACGUGUGUGCUGAGAAAGGAGUGCCUUGUUCGUGGGGUCGUGCGAUCAACGUAGCCAAUCGCUACGUUUACGUGUCGCAGCCGGAAAAGGAUCGCAUCCUCGUUAUCAGCAAAAUUCAGAUGGUCGUCGUUGACGUGGUGACAACGGACAAAUACCCGGUGGAGCUGCAAUACGUUCCGGCGCUGGACCAGGUCUGGGUGCUCAAUUGGCGCAGCGAGAGUGACAUGGGGGUGAAAACGAUACAGGUGAUCAGGGACGCGGCGCAAAAGAAGAAGCACAGGACCGUUCAUCCGGAGCCGAUUGACGGACAGUUUGAUCUCGUCCGGGGCCUCUACAUCCCCGAGCGUCAGGACAUCGGUCACAUGUUCAAGUACGGCUACGUCACGCACACGAACCAGCGAGGCAUGUACAAGCUCGACCUGGCAAACAUGAGGUACACGCGCAGCGCCGAUCUCGCGCCCUACAACUGUGUACCGGCACACAUACAGUUCCCGGCCCUAUACGGCUUCGUAAUACUGCAGUGCGAGGAGCCAAUAACGGGCCGGGCGACCGGGCAAUUAUUACUGGAUUAUCUGACGGACACGGUGCUGGCGCACAAGCCGGAGCUCGUCGGCAAGCCGAUGGUGUCACCCGACUCACGUCACCUCGUCACGCUCGACCGACAGCCCAACGGCGUCAUACUCAUCGUCGAGGAAAUAUUACCUACCGGACUGAACUUUGCCUUCGACGUCAAGACGACUUUGAACAUCAGUGAUAUCACAUUCUACCCGUCGCAAACGACGCACGGCUACGAUCUCUACGCUUCGUCGAUGGACAACAAGGAAGACAUUCUCUUCCUCAAUUUGGCGUCGGGUAAGGUGGAGAUGAUAACGGGUGUGGGCAAGGCGAUGCCGGCGAGUUCCGCCAAGUGGGGCAACCCGAACAGGCCGAUAGCCCAGAGCGGAGUCUUCGGUCGAUAUAUGGUCAGCCCUUCGAACGAGGCCCUCUUCGUUCUCAAUGGCGAGACACGGACAGUGAACUGCGAGAUCGGCGGUCUAGUGCGGCCCAGCAUGAUCGUCUGGUUUACGGUACCGACGCACUAAGGAUGUUCAUCAUUUGGAAGACUGGAGAUGCAAGGGUCGACGCUCGCUGAUAUUUUUUUUCCUUCGUUCCGAGAAGAAAGCUUCGGCGUUCGAUGAGAAGAUAAUAGAUUUACCUAGUUACAAGUAUCGAUCGAUCUUUGAAAGAUCGUUUAGAAUGAAAUGAUAAUGACUUUAGGUAGAUGUAUCGUAGAGGCAACUGAACUUUCUUAAAACUCGGACUUUUGCUCUCUAUGGACAUGAAAAUUUUAAAUUUUAAAGCGACUUAUCGAAGUUGAAAGAGCGUUUAAUUUCGAUUCGCGUACUUACUGCGAGGUUCUUUAAGCGUCGACCUUUGCAAUUCUAAACGGCUGCGCUUGGUAUAAGAUCAGCCAGCAGCCAUCGAGGCAAGAUCUUUGAUCAGUUCUCCUUUUUUAUACGUUUUUAGUAAAAUUCUUCGAACUGGGCAUCGAUAUGAGUACACUUUGGUAAAGCAUAUAUUUUGCCUGAUAAGUUUAUUUAUAUUAUUGAUAUUCGUAAAAUGAUCUGCUAAUGGGUUCGAAAGUAAUUAUGUACUUAGACGUACUUGAAUGUUUGAAACCCAGUUCUCGAAUUACUAAAUUUAUUUUCGCAGCAUGGGUGUUACAAAACCGACCAACACGAAAUAUUUCAAUUCAAAUAAGUAAUGAACUUUAACUCAGUGAAGUAUCCAAGAUAAUAAGUCUAAUUAAAAUACUAAGUAUUUCUUUUGCAUAUCCAAAAUUUUGAUAUUCCAUUACAUAAAAUUAAGAAUCCAGAAACCCUUAAGUACGAAACAAUAAAAUCGACAUAUUCAUCUUUAAACAUUCUUCUAUAAUAGAUAUUCCGUGUUAGUUGCAAAACAAAGAAGAAACACAUGGACGUAUAUUAAAAUACAAGCGAAAUUACAGACGCUCGGUCAUAAGCCCAUGAUACACUUGACUUUAAGAUAUCAUUUUUCAUACCAAAUACUCGAUAAGACCCAUCAUACACAAUAAUUAGUGAUAAUGUAGUAUUAUUACGAAUAUAUUUAUAGAUAUAUGAAAAUGUUAAGUAUAGCAUUUUUAUGAAGAAUUGCCUGUUUGAAAUAUAAUGAAAACGUAUGUAAUUUUAUCAUUAUCGUGACUCUUUCUGCGUCUCUCUCAACUCACUUUGACAAUUAUUCAAACGAUGACUUCGAUAAAUAAGAAGUUAUAUAUUUUUUUGAGGAUUGCUUUGAAAAAUAAAAAAAUGACAUACAAAUAUUCUAUCGAAAAAAAUUAUACAGCGUAAUCGCGCAUUUUCUUGUGACAUGUAGACGUAUAAAAAUUUUUGUAUUUGCACGUAAAAAAAAUUUAUUGAAACAAUUGUUAAUAAUAUGAAUUAUUCUAAAUAACGAAUAAAAAGCCACGGGAGAGACGAAGGAACAUGAUUUCUCAAGGGUACUGCACACUAUCGCUAUGCAAGCAAAAGUUUUGAAUAUUCUUUUUCAGUUUAGAAAAAAAAAUUUAAUUUGUUUAUUGUGCAGAUAUUACAUUUUUUUCCAUUUACUUUUCAUGUUCCUUCCGAGCAAUAAAGUCCUAAUUAAAACAAUAUUUCUUAUAAUAAGGCAAAACAAUUGAAGCGACAGUGUGCAUUACUCUAAAAGAAAAUAAAUAAUGGCGUACCGAGGCUAAUUCUUUGAAUCUCGCAUAACACAGCGCAAAAAAGAGAGAAAUAAAGAAAUGUCUCAAGAGUCAGUGUAAGCACUAACAAUUAUAAUCUGACGAUACAAAGAGAAAAAUUAAUACCAGCUAGCAUUAGCAGAAUGUACAGAAGCGAAAAGUUAUUUUGUUAAUGUUACAAUCCAUAUCGGGAUGCGUAAUAAUCGAUUACUUGUGUAAAAGUUUUUAAAGAAAAAAGGCUGAGCAACGGAAAGUCUCACUGAAAUAGCCGCAAAUACGAAUCCUAGAGAUUUUCCGUCGGUCUGAAACUAGCAAAGGAAUUUCAUAAAAAUCUACUCGAUUUUUUCACGCGAGAGCAUUUUUGCGUACAUGAAUGUUUCAAAGUUUCGAAAUACAACAGCAAGAUUGAUUUUUCUUUUAAAUAAAAAGUGAUUACGCGAAUUUAGAUAAAAAAUACAUUGCUACACGAUUGAUAUUGUAUAAUUAGCUUAAAACAGAUACCGAAGUUAUAUAUUUAUAAAGGAAAGACAUACGCAUAAUUGUAAACCACUUAUUAGAAUGCGAAUAUCCUUCACGACGCGAAAAGAAGUAAAACAGCUUGUCAAAGGUAAAGUUGCAAUUUAAUUAUAAUGCUAACUUUUCCCUCGAAAACUUAAGUUUAUAAUCUAGUUAGAUUCAUCACUUGAUGGAUUAUACUUAUGUUUGUCAAGUUCAUUGAUAAUAUUCGUAUCUAGUCAAAGCUUUAAAGAUCUGUUUCCAUUUAAUCAUUUAGCUACAUUUAUUUGUAUACUCAGAAUCAGAAAUAAUUUUACCUCUAUUCAGUAUUUAUUCAUCAUCAUCCAUUUUGUGCAACUUGUUGCUCUAUUAUACUAUGUUAACAGAGUUGUAAAUAAGCAAUUAUAACUGAAAAAUAUAAGCUAAAAACAUUAGUUUCAUCAAACAAUUUUGAAUAAAUUUCAUUAAGCUACAUUAUUUGAUUAGUUCAUUAAAAAAUAAUUUCUCAAUAAUAACAAUAACUAGAAAGUUGAAAAAUCUAGCGACGCAAAACAAAAAAUUUGUUCGGUAGGGUACAAUUAUAAAAAUUGUUUAAGUGCGACAUUAACUGCCGAUCACCUCACCAAAACACAGUGCGACAUAGAUCGUAAUGACACAAUAGUUAUGUAUAUGUGUGUUUGUUAAAAGCAUUCCUUGUAAUAAAAAUACUUACGACACA